AUGUCUCCGAUCUCACUUUUCACUGGCUUGCUGGCUACAGCCAGCCUGGCUUCUGGCGUAUAUGCUGUUGAAGCCACUGACAUGGGAGCUGCCGCGUUCUUGUGGCCGCCAGACAGGACUUGGACAGCCACCUGGGAUACCACGUCUCCGUGCGGUUCAUCAGCGGGUGUGGGAAACCGAACGGAAUUCCCUUUGACGGACGGUUCCGUUGCGAUUGUCCUCCAGACGGAGUCAUACUCGGUCAACCUUGCCAUCUCAUAUGAUGACAAUCCCACGAGCAAUGCUGACUUUGUCACAUCCGUGUCUGGGAAGAGCUUCCCCGACGUGGAGCCUGGCCAUGAAUGUUACUCCGUUCCCAAUCCGCCGUCCAACAUCACCUCCGGGGCCAACGCCACUCUCCAGUUGAAGUAUGUGUCUGACUUUGACAAUGACGGCAACGAGACCUACUAUGCCUGUGCCGAUAUUGUGUAUGUGCCUUAUAGCUCCUUCACCACGGAUAUUCCUUGCUUCAAUGUGUCGGAGGCGGGCACGACAAGCUCCUCGUCUUCCUCGACGUCGAGUAGCGGCUCGAGCAGCAGCUCGAGCGGCUCACAAGGUCUGUCUGGAGGGGACAUUGCGGGAAUUGUGGUGGGAAGUGUUGCCGGCGCAGUUUUGCUCGGGGCAGCAGCAUUCUUUUUAGGUCGGUACUGGCAGAAGAAGGUGCAGCGGGAACAUGCUGUCGCUAUGAACAUGAUGAACCCGGUUCAGAAGACAUGGUCUGCUGAGACGGCAGGAAGGCAGCAGCAAGCAUGA